UUUUCUCUCUAAUUCUUUCAGACCACAACUUGAUCACUAGCCUCAAGGGGAUUUAAUAAUGAAGCAGUCUCCCUUCAAAGCCAUGCAGACAGUUGAGAAAGAGGUCCCUUCGGUGAGAGAGCGAUUUUUUCGAACUCCCUACAAAGAGAGAAAGAGAAGCACCUCCCUGGGCUUUGAAAAGCAGCCUAUUAGCCCAUUGUGGCAGUCUCCUCCGCCAACUGCUGGAGCCAUCUACAGGCACAGGAGCAGCACUGAGCAUGUCCCUAAGGAACCAGCUGCCAGCAGCCCAUUAUGCAGCGCGUCCGCUCGAGCAGAUGGGGGAGAGCAAGAACAGGCAUUUGUUUUCCUUGCAUCACCCUCCUCCUUGCUCUCGUCACCGGAAAGCAAGCCUGGAUUACUAAACAGAAUCUCACCCAGAGGCAGAGCAAAGAGCAUCAAUCAGCAUGGCUUGAUUGCCAAAGGAGUACGUUUGCUAAAAAACAUGGGGAAUCAAGAUGGGAAGCUUAAAAAAUCUGCAGGAGAAGGUAAUGAAGGAGCAGAUGAUGCAGGGGUGCUCAAGGAUGCUGAAGGCUCCAAGAAAGGAUUGCAGGGGAAAAAGGCACUUGGCAAGCAUGGCAAAGGAGGGGAAUCAAACAAAAAGAGGUCCAAAUCGGAGUCUAAAACGUCUAUGUUUUCAAAUAUCCGCAUCCGAAAGAACCAGUCUAAGGCUAAAGAGAUCCUGGGUGGCUCAAAGGAAGACGUGUUGGCAAGCCAGGCCUCACAGGCUGAGGAGCUGGAUAGCGCACAUUCUAUCAGGACCAAAACCCCCGACCUGAGCCUCUCCGCAGAUGAAUUGGGCCUAUCGGACACAGAAGCGGAGCCUUUCCGCCUCGCUGUUGACAGCCAGCGGCAGGCUGCUGUGGAAACGCAGAAUGGACAAAGAGCAAGCUCAGGCUCUGACACGGAUAUCUAUAGUUUCCACUCGGCUGCUGAACAAGAGGAUUUGCUUUCUGAUAUACAGCAGGCUAUUAGACUGCAGCAGGGGGUUAUUAUUUCGGCAGCUGCCGAGCUGAACUGGAAGACUGAGAGUAAUGCUACUCCGCAACCCCAGGAAUCUGAACAGGUGCGGCUACCGAUGGUGAUAUCUGGCAAUCUGAAUGGCCUAGACAACGAGCAGCACUUACAGGUGCUGAACAGAGUGAAUGAUAACCUGUCUACGGGUGGUACGACUGAUGACUUCCAGGGGAUUUUGGCCGAGGACAAACGUCCAUGUACUUUAUUUGAGACAAAGGCACAUGAACCUUUGACUGAGAGCCAGCACUCGCUUGAAUCUGACACUAAUGGGAAAGGUGGGAGUUCUGUUGCCAGGACAACAAAUACCAACAGCCCUUCUGAUUUAACUGUAUCGUUCACAAGUGCAGAUGGCUCUCCAGAGGGCAACACCGUGUUAGUAUUAUCAGACUGUGUGACAGAAAGCUGCACUGAUUCCACUGAUGAUGUUGCUAGAGAGGUAUGUGUCAAUGGCAGAGCCCCGCAGUUUGAAACUGAAGCUUUCAAUAAUAAUCUGAAAGGCAGUGUGGAGGACUUGGGCAAUGGCAUUGCAUUUCCACAUCGAAAAAGCAGCAUACCUCUUGCGGCAUUGGCCUCUGACAGUCCACUCCUGGCCUCCAAACUUUUCAGGCCCAACUUGAAUUCAGUUUCCUCCCCAAUCGUGAAAGCAUUUCCACCAGUGCAUCCCAGUUACAUUAAAACAACCACCAGGCAGCUGAGCUCUCCGAACCACUCUCCUUCCAUCUCACCGGUGCAGAGCCCACUCUUUCGACGACGGCAUUAUGAUCCUAGUCACAGGCCUGAGAAGAGAAGAGUUAAGAAACAUAGGUCCAGCAGUAUUGCUGGGAUUCUCAGCCGUUCGGCGGACUGGACGGAGGAACUGCCGAGGUUCAAAACCCAAAAAGCUGGCUCAGCAAACUACCUGGAAUACGGAGGCUCUGAGGAGCGGCUAAGAGGAGGUAGCCAGCCUUUAUGCCCAACCCGCAAGUCUUCAGGUGUGCAAGCCUCUACGUGCAGCUUUCACGAUGUGUUCUCAGGACGAACUUUGCUGGAAAAAUUCUUCAGCCAGCAGAAGGAUGCACCUGAAGAGGAAGCAGAGAAGCUUUGUUCACGCAUCUUAGCCAUGGGCUUAUUAUUGCCAUUUAGUGAUUGCUUUCGGGAACAGUAUGGUGGGAGUACGACUCAAGUUUCUCCUAAGUUUGAUCAAGACCAGCUUUACACCUGGGCAGCAGUUAGUCAACCGAAGCACUCCUUUGACCAUUCGGAGGGUCGCAUUCCAGGGAAGAUUCAUACAAUGUGGCCUCCAAAAUCAGAAGCCGAAGAAAGGCCAGGACUUAAAUACACUGAAGCAGAGCAUCAAACUGUUGUCUUGGGUUUCAAAAAACUUCAGAAGGAAGAAAUGGUUGAGUUUCAGGAAGAAUCCAUGCUGAAGUCGGUUCAGCUCAAGGAAGAACAUGUGAAUGUUAUUCAGCAACUUGAACAGACCAUUGAAGAUUUAAGGACAAAAAUAGCAGAAUUAGAGAAACAGUACACUCCUCUAGAGAGGGAUGUAAACACAACAGAUCAAGUGUGUGGGGAUGAAGAUGUAACUGUUAAAUGUGUUUGUGAUGUUGAUCUUCAAACAGAAGAAAGGACAAUUCUUAAUAAUUUGCAAGCAAAAUCUGUACAGACUUCUCCUGUUGACGAUGCAUAUAAAGUGCCUUUAGUAGAUGAAGCAUCUUCGCCUGUUCCACAGCUUCCAUUAAAUCUAAAAUCAGGGUCAUCUUCGCCUCCGCAGAUAUCCGAGGCACUAACAUAUCAUUCUGAAAUUUCUGUUUUAUUGACCCCAAAGACGUCCCUUGGUCAUAUUUGCACCUGCCAACAACAACAGCAACAACAGUGUAUACCACCUUUUAAUUUAGGAGAAAGAGAUCUUCCGCCCCCACCGCCACUGCCAGAUUAUCUAAUGUGUUCUGAUGGCACUGUACCCACACAGACUUCUUGUUUGUCUGACAAUCUUAAACUGAUGCCACCUCCUCCUCCCCCCUUACCGGGGAGUAUACCACCACCACCACCUCCUCCGCCUCCUCUACCGGGCAUGGGGCCUCCACCUCCUCCGCCGCCACCUCCUCUGCCAGGCAUGGGGCCUCCACCUCCUCCGCCGCCACCUCCUCUGCCGGGCAUGGGGCCUCCACCUCCUCCGCCGCCACCUCCUCUGCCGGGCAUGGGGCCUCCACCUCCUCCGCCGCCACCUCCUCUGCCGGGCAUGGGGCCCCCACCUCCUCCACCACCGCCUCCUUUGCCGGGCAUGGGGCCCCCACCUCCUCCACCACCGCCUCCUUUGCCGGGCAUGGGGCUUCUGCCUCCUCCGCCGCCACCUCCUUUGCCAGGCAUGGGGCACCCUCUACCUCCACCACCACCACCUUUUCCAGGCACGGGACCUCCUCCUCCACCGCCACCUCCUGGCAUUGCAGGACAUCCUUCGGUGCCUGGUCCACCUCUUCCUCCUCCAGGUGGAUUUGGAUCUCUUCCACCUUUAGUUCCAGCUGGGUUGUUUGCAUUAGGAUUGGGAAUAGACAAAGGAGCAAGGAAAGAGAUGGUUGAACCCCCACGUCCAAUGAAGCCACUCUACUGGACAAGGAUACAACUUCAUGCAAAAAAGGAACAAAGUGGAUCUUUGAUAUGGGAUAAAAUUGAAGAACCACCCAUUGAUUUUAAUGAAUUUGUAGAUUUGUUUUCCAAAACUGCUGUUAAAGAAAAGAAGAAACCACUGUCUGAUACUUACUCGAAAACGAAAGCUAAGCAGGUAGUCAAGCUCUUAAACAAUAAGCGGUCUCAAGCUGUGGGAAUUCUGAUGUCCAGCCUUCACCUGGAUAUGAAAGAUAUACAGCAUGCGGUUUUGAACUUGGACAAUGCUGUGGUUGACCUGGAGACCCUUCAAGCUUUGUAUGAGAAUAGGGCUCAACAAGAAGAAAUGGAUAAAAUAGAAAAGCACAUCAAAUCUUCAAAAGAAAAAGAGAGCGCAAAACCAUUGGAUAAACCAGAACAGUUUCUUUAUGAACUCGCACAAAUACCAAAUUUUUCUGCAAGAGUUUUUUGCAUACUUUUUCAGUCAACAUUUAAUGAAAGCAUUGCCUCAAUUAUGAGAAAACUUGACAUUCUUCAGAAAGUCUGUUCAACCUUAUACAGCAGUAAUAGUGUCAUGAAGAUCCUUGGUCUGGUGCUAGCUUUUGGUAACUUUAUGAAUGGUGGAAACAGAACCCGAGGGCAAGCAGAUGGUUUUGCUUUGGACAUCCUCCCAAAACUCAAAGAUGUAAAAAGUAGCGAUAACAGCAGAAGUCUCUCGUCAUACAUUGUAUCAUACUAUCUGAGACAUUUUGAUGAGGAUGCUGGGCGAGACAGCUGCAUCUUUCCACUUCCAGAACCUCAGGACCUUUUCCAGGUUUCUCAGAUGAAAUUUGAAGAUUUUCAAAAAGAUCUGCGCAAACUACGGAAAGACCUUCAAGCCUGUACAACUGAGGCUGAUAAAGUUUGUCGCCUUUCCUCAGAAGAGCAUUUACAGCCAUUUAAAGAAAAGAUGGAUGAAUUUCUUGUUCAAGCUAAAGUUGAUCUGGAGGCUGAAGAGAAGCAGCUGACUGAUGCACACAAAAGCUUUUUGGAACUGACAGUGUACUUUUCUGUAAAACCCAAAAUGGGAGAAAAAGAAGUGUCUCCGAAUACAUUCUUCACAGUUUGGCAUGAAUUUUGCACAGAUUUUAAGGAUUUGUGGAAAAAAGAAAACAAACUUAUCUUACAAGAAAGGCUACGAGAAGCUGAAGAAGGUUUUCGGCAGGCAAAAGAAAAAGCGUCCUACAACGUCAGGCCGAAACACGACUCUGGAAUAAAAGCCAAACUGAGUAUGAAAAUUUAAAUCUUUUUUAAAAAAAAAAAAGAACAACAUUUCAGAAAAACUCAAGUCCUACAUUGGAAGGGCACUGAUACCAUGAGGAAAUGGAACGUUGCAAACAUUGGCACUUCUCCUUCUUUUGUUUGUUUGUUUUGUUACGAAUAAUAAUGUUUUUAACUUGAGAGUUAUUAAGAUGUCCUAAACCUUCAAAGACAAGAGUCUGACAUCUUCAGACAGCCAAUGCAGAAUACACAGCAGCGAAUGCUGAAGCCAAACUGACGUAGCGCUGAGGAGGACAGUGUUCUAACCGAUAAUUCUUCUUGUUGCUGCUACUUGGGUUCUCUCAUCACAGACUCCGUGUAACUGACUUCUCUUAGAUGCAGAUUAUACAAUUCUUCCUAAUGCUAAAGUGAUUUAACAGCUUGAUUUGCAAUGUCAUUUGACGUUUUAAGCAAUAUUUAUGACUUCGUGGUAGCCAAUUCAGAUCAAACGCCUCCUCCUUGUUAACUGAGUGGUAGAUUUUUUUUUUUCUUCUUUUUUACUUUACAAAAAUGCAUGUACAGUAAGUAACAAAUGACAUAUCACAACAGAGGGAUGUCAAGGCAUCUAUGCUGAAGAUUAUAAAGAUGCAUUAUUUCCUCAAAUUUCUGAUGAGUAUUAAGAGCGCUGUGAUCCUUUCUGUUGGUUAAAGUUGCCACUGUAUUUGUUAGGUGGAUGAAGUCGUAUCUUUCAAAGGCAGCCUUUCUUAUUCAGUGUCAUAUCACUCAUUUCCUAACUUGCACCGCAGAUCAAGGCUCAGGUUUUAGGAAUUCAUUUUGGGAUAUACUAUGUCUCAUGGAAUUUAACAGUUUUUUAUGCAGUCUAGUACAGCGCAACAAGAGUCUAUGGAGAUGCCGAAUCUCUAACUUCAGUGCACUUUAUUGAUGAAAGGCCUCUGAAGGGUUUCCAAAGCUCAUUUGCGAUCUCAAGUCAAAAGAGAGAAACAUUUCAGUGUGUGUAAUAUGAGUAGAUUCUUGAAAGUGCUUUUCAUGUAUUAUAACAUUCUUGUUUAUUUUUAUGAAGUAUUAAGUAUCUAAUCACAUAUUACACAAACGUAUGAAAUUAACUUCAAAAAAUUCUGAGCCUUUUAUUUAUGAGCUUAAAAAGUUACCUUAAAUGAGCUCCAGAUAAAAUCCCAACAUGUCGGCCCUUAUUUUGAUGAUAACCAUAUCAGUUAUUUGAUAUCCAUCAGUACAGAAAUGUUCCUCUAAAUCACAUCAUGCCUAUAUUUUUGUCACCGUUGACAAAGGGAAUAAUUUGCUGGGCACAGUGAAACACACAAAAAAAAAUGAAACUAUUUUUCUUUGUUUUACAAUCCACCUGUCACCUCUCCAACAAGCAGGACAUAAAGCUGAGAUGUUACUCUGUUGACUGCAACAGAAAAUAUUUUGUUGCAAAGAACUGCUUUCUUUGCAUAGGAAUGUAUUAUCAGACUCUAUUUUCUAAGAAAUAUCUUUUUUUUUUUAAUCAAAGUGCUGUUUUAAAAAAAAAAAAAAAAGGAAAUGGAUUUAGAAAUAAAUUGAUAGUCUGGCCAAAAUGAUGUUUCUUACAAUGACGAAGAAAGGUCUGUGUGCUGAUUGAGCGAGCCAGAAGAGCUUCACUUGCAUUUGCCUGGCUGAUUGUUUUUUUGUUUGUUUUUUUUUUUUUUGUUUUCUUCUUUAACAAAAGAUGCCUAAAAGAUUUUGUAUUUGUGAUCCCACAAAAGAAGCGCAGUAUGCAGGACGUGGGGUUGUAUGUGCUGUACAGUAGACGUGAAGGCUGGGACUGGUGUCCACAGAUUAUCUCUCCAUGGUGCCCUUUUGUUUUCAGUCAAAGACGGUUUUUGUAUGACUUAUGUCUUCUGGAAGACCACAGGUAAAAUGUAUUAUUAUCUAGCAGUUGUUUGCUGAAAUGUUAUUUUUAAAUGCUGUAUGUUCAAUGAUUUUAUUCAUGUAAGGUAGUAUUAAUUACAUCUUUAUGUAACAGAUUUAAUUUAUUUUUAUGUAAGUGUAAACUAGCAUGUUUUUAGUUUUCAGUACUCAUCUGUGCCCCAUAUGUAUUAUACUGUAUCACUCUAAAGACUUUGCAUCAUGUGCAAUAUAAGUGUUUCUAAUUGGACUUUUUCAAUCCAAAUGUGAUUUAUAAGAAAAUAAAAUGAGAAAUAAUAUUCUA